AUGGCUAAAACGUGUUUUCGAAUCUUUCAUUACCUUCAAAAUCGAAUUCGGGGAGUUGGGUUACAUCUAUUUAAUCCACAAAGAGUAUUCUGUAUACUGGGUCGAGAGUUUACCCUCAAAGUCGAAAUAUCCAAAGAAUUAAUCCAAUUUGAUAUUUUUAAUCAAAUCUUUAUCAAUAGCUCACCUUUGGAUAUAGCAAUCUUACAAAUAGCAAAUAACCUUUUAAAUUCAACAAUUGAAAAUGAUACAACUCUUUCAACCCUGAUUUGUCAAUACAUUCGAAAAUUGACGAUUGAGAGUGAGCAACUUCGAGCUCAAAAAGCCGAAAAAGCUACUAAAAGUGGUUCCCCGCAAUUAGACGCAUUACGCCAUUAG